UGCGAGCGUGCUUCCCCUUGUACGUGACACUUGAGGUGUAGGGCUCAUUUGAUGAUCAUUUUUCAGUGACAAUCAUGCGCAUUUGAUGCAAAAAAAAAAAAAAAAAAAGACUACUGGACAAUAAACGACUUGGACUUUGUCCUUCAGGAGGCUUUAGAAAGCAGGCAGUGUUGUGAACGCAGCAGUUGAGUGCGCACUUGGGAGUCAUGGGCAUGUGGACUGCACUGAUCGCGCUGCUCUUCAUCACACACAGCGUGUGCAGCCAAACCAGCAUAAGAUGGUGCACAAUUUCACAACAGGAGCAGGCCAAGUGCAGUGCCAUGGCAACGGCAUUCAGCAGCGUCUCUAUCCAGCCUACGCUGCGCUGCAUACGCGAAAACUCCGUCACUAAGUGCGCGCAAAACCUCAUGGCAAAUGAAGUUGAUGCAUUUUCUACCAGUGCUAAAGACAUCUAUGAGAUUGGAAAGGAAGCCACAUUCAAACUUGCUGCAGGAGAGUCCAGUGUUGAUGGUGAAGGAACGACGUAUUAUGCAGUUGCUGUGGUGAAGAGAACAAAUUCACACAUUAACAUCAACAACCUAAAGGGGAAGAAGACAUGCCACACUGGGAUUGGGCGUACAGUUGGGUGGAACAUGCCCAUAGGCUUUUUGAUUGACAGUGGAAGGAUGUCUGUUAUGGGCUGUAAUGUGACACAAGGUGUUUCAGAAUUCUUCAACGCUAGCUGCAUUCCUGGAGCAACAGGCCAUGCUCCGUCUCUGUGCCAGCUCUGUGCCGGAGAUGAUUUUGGAGCUCAUAAGUGUGAGGCAAGCAACAAGGAGAAAUACUACUCAUAUAAUGGAGCCUUCAGGUGCCUUGUUGACAAUGCAGGAGAAGUAGCUUUUGUUAAGCACACCACAGUUGGUGACAACACUGACGGAAAAGGGGAUGCAUGGGCACAAGGUCUCAAGGCUGCUGACUUCCAGCUGCUCUGCCCAGAUGGAACCCGGAGUCCGGUCUCGGACUACAGGCGCUGCAAUUUGGCCCGAGUGCCAUCCAGAGGCAUUGUGGUCCACAGUGACAUCGACAGCACUGUGAUAUACAACAUGCUUAGAGAGGGACUUGAGAAGUCUGGCUUUUCUGUUUUCUCUUCAGUGGCCUUUAAUGGUGAAAACCUGUUGUUCAGUGACAGCUCUACAAAGUUUAUCCCUGCUGGAAAUGACGACUACAUUCACUGGAUGGGACAAAAAUACUAUAACAUAUUGAAAGCUAUGGACUGCUCAAUAGAUGAUGUUCCUGAGAUCCUGACCUGGUGUGUGCUGUCUUCUGGUGAGCAGAAGAAAUGUGUAGACAUGGCUAAAGCCUUCCAAAUAAAAGGACUCUCACCACCCAUCCAGUGUUUAUAUGGAAACUCUGUGGACGAUUGCAUGAAGAAAAUACAGAACAAAAAGGCAGAUGCCAUCACUCUUGAUGGAGGCUAUAUCUACACUGCAGGGAAAACCUAUGGCCUGGUCCCUGCUGUGGGAGAAAGCUACACAGGGGACAGUGAUGGCAGUAUCUACUACGCUGUGGCUGUCUUAAAGAGAAGUGACAAAAACAUCCAAAGAUUCAGUGAUCUGAGGGGUAAGACGUCCUGUCACACAGGCUAUGGCAGGACUGCUGGCUGGAACAUUCCAGUAGGAAUUCUCAUUGAGAAAGGCCUUAUCAGACCACAGAAAUGCCAAGUUGCCCAAGCUGCUGGAGAGUUCUUCAAGGCAAGCUGUGUACCUGGUGCCAAUGAGCCUGGAUUUCCCAGCAACCUUUGCUCACAGUGCAUCGGAGAUUCCAGUGGCCAAAAUAAGUGUGUUAAAGGCCAGGAUCUGUUUGAUGGUUACAAUGGAGCCUUCAGGUGUCUGGUUCAGGGAGCAGGCGAAGUUGCAUUUGUCAAACAUUCCACAGUUUUCCAGAAUACUGAUGGCAAUAGUACAGAUCCUUGGGCCCUCAACUUGAACUCGAGAGAUUUCCAACUGCUGUGUUCUCAAGAGUCUCGUGCUGAAGUCAGUCAGUAUAAGCAGUGUCACCUUGCCCGUGUCCCCUCCCACGCUGUGAUGGUCCGGCCUGACACCAACCCUCAUAUCAUCUUUGGCCUUUUGGAUAAAGCUCAGCAAUUCUUUGGGGUCAGCACUAACUCAGACUUCAAGAUGUUUGACUCCAGUGCAUAUGACGGAUCAGACCUGAUCUUCAAAGACUCCACAAUAAGCAUAAUUGGCGUUGGCGAGAAAAAGACCUAUGAGGAUUGGCUCGGCCAGAGUUACAUGGAUGCUCUCAUAGCCAUGGAGUGCACUUACUCUUCAGCAGUGGUAUCUUCGGCCUCUGUACUACUGGUGACCAGCUUGGUUGUGCUCUUAUCUCUUUUGGUUGUGUAGCAGUUCCACCAGCCACCCAAGUCUUCCUCGGCUAUUUCUCCAUUUUAUCCUGAUUGUUCAUUUCAUGUAUCAGAAUCAGAAUCAUUUUAUGCGCCACAUACAUUUACAUGUAUUAGAAUAAUUUUUUAACAUCCAACACACACUCAUCACAGACAACACAGCACAGUUACCAUCCUAAUAUAUAUAUAUACUAUAUAUAUAAUAUAUAUAUAUAUAGGUAUGUUUAUAUAUAUAUAUAUAUAUAUAUAUAUAUAUAUAUAUAUAUAUAUAUAUAUAUAUAUAUAAACAUACCUAUAUACAGUAUAUAAAUGUGUGUGUGGGGGUGCAAGUCUACUGUAGCAAAGCUACUGUAAACUAUAUCCACCAAUAAUUUCAACAUACAAUGAGCAUACACAGAUUUUUUUGUGCCAAUUUAUCAAAACCAAAUCGCAUAAAUCAGCAUUGCUUUUGAUGUAUAAUUUGUUCAUGACAGAUACAUACAGUAUCUGUCCUAAAUGAUGUUAGAUUAUCACAUGCUUUACUUUUUUUUUUUUUUUAUCCACAGCAAGGCCAUUUCAUUUAGUUAAUCUUUACAAUUAGGAAUGUCCAUAAUAGUCACAGAAUUUAUUCAGUGUGAUUUGUAAAGUAAAAGAAAGCUCUUGAAUGUUAGAAAGAUUUUAUGAGACUGGGGUUCCCAAACUUUAGGUGCAUUUUCUCUGCCUUGUCUUUAUAGCAGUGAUUUCCAUUUUCACUGUAUUUGUUGAAUAUUUAUCAUGCACACACUUUUGUAAUGGUGGUCAGAUACCUGGGCAACAGCCAUAUCAGUGUAUAUGCUUUGCCUGUUACAUAUUUAUUGACUCUUUUUUAAAAUUAUAUACUUGAAGGCACAUGCUGUAUACAGGAAUAUGCACAUUCUAGCUGGAAUCUUUAUUUAACGUCACUGAGUAUACAAUGCUGUAUCACUUAUGAGUAGAAAAAGACUAAAUUAAUUCGCUUAUUUUUACCUUACAAGUGAGAAGAAUCAAGAUUAUAUUUUCCUCUUGCCAUUUGAGAAUCUAUAUUCAGGAUGAAAUUUUCAAAAGCAACUACAUGUUAACUCUAUGUAUUUGUUAGCAGUAUGCAACAGAAUAAAGCAACACAUAUUAUCAUUA